UUGGGCCGGAGGCCCCAUCGCGGAGAAUUGCGACGGACGUAUUCAUCCGCUGCGACUUCCGGUCUCACUUCCGCCCGCUAGAAGAGAGGACGUGCUCACCCCUAGGCGCGGCAAAUUCAAGCCUCGUCGGUCUUCCUUCCCAUUCGCGCAUCUCACCGCAACAUCUCGCCCCAACUUUCCGGCAGUUCACCGGGACACCCAGGAACCUUUUCAGCAGGGCCAUGUACGCCGCUGGCAAGAGAAAAGUGCGCCCGCCUGUCCGUUUCCAGGACUAUGCCACGGAGCACAUGGCUCAGUACAGGGCUCAGAGCACGCCGACAGAGCGUCGUGACACCGUUCCCACACCGACGGUGCGAAGGGACCCGAACCCAACGGCUGCACAGUCUACUUGGAUGCAGCAGGAACUGCAAAAUGUCUCUCAUGACUUGGAGCAGUUGCAGUUGGAAUUGGGCUAUCUCGAAAAUCGGCAGCAGGGACCCAACGGUAUUACGCCCAUCAAACAGGACCCUCCCACCGCCAAUAGUUCCGCCCGCGUCAGGUCUUUUGGUUCCGGGGUCACGGGUCAGCAGACACAGUUCGCAGAAGAUAGCGCAAGCAGACCGUCUCUACAGGACAUUUGCGCCAUGAACAGGCUAGCAGGGCACGAUCCACUACAGCAGUACGACAUGCAAGCCGUAUUGCCACGCUCAGGGGGAACGGAUGCCAGGAAUCCAGUUGUUGCAACAGAUUUCCCAGCCGUUCCGGUCGAGCCCGCCCCCCUCCCACGCUUCGAGGGUGCCAACCUCCACUUCCGACAACGGCCAGUCCGCGCGCAACCACCACAAGACUCUCGAGGUACGGCCAAGAUUGUUAGUGGCUCAUAAAGGAAAGUGCACGAUCUGGUUGUGAAGCAGAUAGCAUGGCCGCACAAAUAGUAGCCAGCCAGUCACUCCAGAUAACAUGACAUGGGACCAGUUGAUGGUCGGCGAGCUAGCUAUUAUCCACGACGAGUCGACAUCACCUAAGGAGAGUAGCAACAGAGCCGUCAUUCUUCAGAACUUGCUCCUCGACGUUUCCACAUUCACCUUCCCUGGCAUUCGCUCCUUUCCAGACCUGACUGUUGCACGCCGAGAGGGGAAGGUUCAACUUAGAAGAAAACGACAUCACGCCAGCCUUGUUGAAGCUCAAACAACAAUACUUGAGGCAACCGAAAGCAGAUGCGAAGGCCUACACACCGCAAAGCUACAGGCCGACAAAGACCCUGGGGGGCUCGACCACCUGCGAACUGUUCCAGGAGUCCGUGUGCCCGCACGACGGGGAUCACAGAAACGCU